GUCACUCUGGUCACAAAAGAAGGUGCAUUCAAUAUGGUGUCAAACACCGUCAAACGAGCAUCCAGUACGGUUCCGCGGCGUGAAGGGUAAAUGUAAGCGUUUCGGGGGAAGGAAAAGAAAAGACUAAAUCCACUGUAAAAAACGAACCGCUGUCGGAAAGUGUUUGCACGAUGCACCGGAAAACGUCCCCGUUCCCGUACGAUCCCAUGAUAAUACCGCGUGUAAAGCAGUAUUUGGAGGAAAAUGUGCACCAAACGUACGUGGACACCGGGGUGAUGGCACGGGAGUUGCAGCAGCGCUACCGCGAGUACAACCGCCGGAAGGCGAAUCCGUUCCGCCUGCUGGUGGAGGAAGCGUACCGUACCGUGCUGCACAGUUACGGCCUCGACAGCAAUCCCUCGUCGGAGGUGGAGGAGGAAGCCGGCUCCGAUGUGGAGGUGAUGGACGAGAGCGCCCAGCGCAACCAGAUGAGCAACACGCUCACGAGCAUGUACAUGAACAAUCGGGCCCGUGCGGCGGGCGGAGGAGGACCGCCGGUGCCGGAUCAGUCCGGGAGUGGGGCGGCUGGGGAUGCCAUCGACAUUAGCAGCGACGAGGAGGAGGGCGAAGGAGGCGGUGGCGAAGGCGAAGGGGGCUCCAGGAAAGCAACAGAAGCGGUGUCCGAAUCGGUUUCGGGAGGUGAAAAAUUUGUUCAAAAGUUCGUUGCGGGUAAUAGACAUGUCACCGUGACGAAGCUUACCCGGGUAAACAAAACAGCACGGGACGACGAUACGAGCAACGGGAGCGUCGAGAGUGCCGGCAAUGGAGGUGAAAAGUUCCCACCCCUAUCCAAGCGCCGCCGACUGGAGCUGGCCAAUUCGGGUGGACUGGUGGCAAGUGCCACCAAUGGGCAGGCAAGCCGGCACCCCGCUGGCAGCAGCAAAGCAAGCCACAAAUCCACAAAUGAACAACCCCAUCAACAGACCGGAUCGGGCACACCGGCCACCCCGGCCGCAGCAUCGUCGUCGGCGGCGGGCGGUCAGCGGUCGAAAAAGUUCCGCAAAGAGAUUGUGCCCCGCAUGGUGGACAUCACGUUCGACGAUGUGGGCGGCAUGGAUCACAUACUAAAGAAUCUGUGCGAGUUGCUGCUGCACGUGAUACACCCAGAAAUCUAUCGGUACCUGGGGUUGCCACCGCCGCGCGGGUUCCUGCUCCAUGGUCCGCCCGGCUCGGGCAAAACACUGCUGGCGCAAGCGAUCGCUGGGCAACUGAAUGUUCGGCUUAUUGAGGUCCCUGCCACGGAGCUGGUGGCGGGCGUGUCGGGCGAAUCGGAGGAACGCAUCCGCGACGUGUUCGAGCAGGCCGCCUCCCUCUCGCCGUGCGUGCUGUUCAUCGACGAGAUCGAUGCGAUCUCGUCGAACCGCGUCAACGCGCAGAAGGACAUGGAGCGGCGCAUCGUCGCGCAGCUGCUGAGCAGCAUGGAUGCGCUCGGCAAGCAGGAGGGCGGCGAGGGCGUGAUCGUGAUCGGGGCGACCAACCGGGCCGACGCGCUCGAUCCGGCCCUGCGGCGGGUCGGCCGGUUCGAUCAGGAAAUUUCGCUCGGCAUUCCGGACCGCGAGGCGCGCAAGCAGAUACUGCGCAUUAUCUGCUGGAAGCUGCGGAUCAGCGAUACGAUCGAUUACGGCGAGCUGGCGAAGCUGACGCCCGGUUACGUGGGGGCCGAUCUGCUGGCGCUUGCGAUACGGGCGGCCAACAAUGCCAUCAAACGGCUGUUCACCGAACGGGAGUGGAAAUUACUGCAAGAAGAGCCGGAACAAAUCGCCGACGAAGAUGUGGUGGCGAUUGACGACGAGCCGGAAGAGGUGGUUAACCUUGACGACGAGAAGGAUGAACCGAAGGAGGCGGAAACUAGCCCGGCUGAGACAACAAAUGAAGCAGGGACGAGUAAAGCAGCUGAAAGCACUGCGGAGGAGAGCAAAAAUGAGCCCGAACAGGGUGUAGCGGACUCGACACAGGUCACCGAACCGGUAGCUCCUGCAGAACCGGACGCAGCAGAAGCACCAACAGAAACAGAACCAGCAGCCGCUUCGUCGGAGGAAACACAAGAAAAGGUCACAACAAACGAUACCGACGCGGAAAAGAUGGACGUCGAUACGGACCAGUUGCCCACGGCCAGUACAGUGGAGCCGCCGGUUGAUAUAGCGGUUGCCGAAGCAGAAAAGCAAGUCACCGUUGAACAAUCCGAUAUUGCAAUGGAGGAAACUAAGAGCGAUAAUCAAACAACAGAGCAGGCGGAAAGUAGCACCACCACAGUCGUCCCAGCAGAGGAAGCACCGAAGGCAGCGGACGGUGCUGAUACCACCAUUUCAAAACCCUCCUCCGUCCCCCAGAAGCAAGAGCUGACCCUGCAGCAGCUGCUCGAUCUGCUCCUAAACCAACAGAACGCACUGCCCGUCACCAAGCUCGAGGGGCUUUGCAUCGAGCGGGACGAUUUCAUCGAGGCGCUCAAAACCGUACAACCGUCGGCGAAGCGGGAAGGCUUCAUCACCGUGCCGGACGUGACGUGGAACGAUAUCGGUUCGCUCGGCGACAUACGGGAGGAGCUGAAGCUUGCGAUACUGGCGCCGGUGAAGUUCCCCCAUCGGUUGAAGCUACUGGGACUGACGGCUCCGUCCGGUGUGCUGCUCUGCGGGCCGCCCGGGUGCGGCAAAACCCUUCUUGCCAAAGCGGUCGCCAACGAGGCGGGAAUUAACUUCAUCUCCGUCAAGGGACCGGAACUGCUUAACAUGUACGUCGGUGAAUCGGAGCGUGCCGUGCGGCAGUGCUUUCAGCGUGCCCGCAAUUCUGCCCCCUGUGUCAUAUUUUUCGACGAGUUCGACUCGCUCUGCCCGAAACGUUCCGACACGGCGGAGGGCAGUGCGGGGACGCGCGUCGUCAACCAGCUGCUGACGGAGAUGGACGGCAUCGAGGAGCGCAAGGGUGUGUUCCUGAUGGCGGCCACCAAUCGACCCGACAUCGUCGAUCCGGCCGUGCUGCGUCCCGGUCGGUUGGACAAGAUUCUGUACGUCGGACUGCCGGCCAAGGAGGAUCGGGUGGAUAUUUUGCGUGCGCUGACGAAGAAUCGCACCCAGCCACGGCUCGCGGAUGACGUGGAGCUGGAGAAGGUGGCAGAACUUACCGAAGGCUACACUGGGGCCGAUUUGGCUGGGCUGGUGCGGCAAGCGUCGCUGCAAACGCUUAAAGAUUCUAUUGUGGCGAGCAGUUUGCAGGAGGAGACGGCUGGAGGGGAAACGACCGCCGAGGAUGAGCUGUCGUUGAUGGUUCGGUUCGAACACUUCACCCAAGCGAUACGCAACAUCAAACCAUCGGUUAAUGCUGAGGACAAAAAGCAUUACGAAAAAUUACGCCUCAAGUAUGGUGUUAAUCUCAUGGCUUAAAAAAAAACGGGAAAAGCCACGAUCCAUCAUCGGUCACAAUCGGAAUGAAUUUUCUCAUCUUCGAUCGUUGAAUACCGCACCUUUGUUUUGUCAUCAUCAUCAUCAUCAUCAUCAUUUAGAACUUGUAAAUGUGAACUUCGCGUAGCGCGCAACCGUUUUUUUCGGUUUGGUUUUUCUUUUGUUUCCAGUUAAUGAGUAUCACAAAAUAACAUUCUUCGGAUUUCGCAAACAAACUUGCGGUAUUUAGCGUUGAAAAAGCAGGAUAAUAAUUUAAGAUGAAUUUAGUUCGUAAGCUUGCCCUUCUUCGUUUCCGUAAUUCGUUGUUUGUGAGCUGUUAACGUGUGUAACGUAAGCAUUGCGGGGAUUGUCGCAGACCCACGUGCACGUGCACGGCUCCCUAAAUCCUGACACUUUAAUGUAACAAAUCGUACGAAAUACCAAUAAAAAACAAACAAGGACACUCUGU